UUCGGGUCUCACUCUCCACCUUUCGCCUUCUCGCUCCGCCCAUCGUAUCGACCUGAGAUCAUUUAAAAAAGAAAAAUGGUGGAAGCAGAUCGCCCGGGGAAGUUGUUUAUAGGUGGUCUAAAUACAGAAACAAAUGAAAAGGGUCUUGAAGCAGUUUUUGGAAAAUAUGGCCGUAUAGUAGAAGUUCUCUUAAUGAAAGAUCGGGAAACUAAUAAAUCAAGGGGCUUUGCUUUUGUUACUUUUGAGAGCCCAGCUGAUGCGAAAGAUGCUGCAAGAGACAUGAAUGGAAAGUCUUUAGAUGGAAAAUCAAUUAAGGUGGAACAAGCCACCAAGCCAUCAUUUGAAAGUGGUGGUAGACGAGGGCCACUACCCCCUCCAAGAAGCAGAGGUCCUCCAAGAGGUCUUAGAGGUGGAAGAGGAGGAAGUGGUGGAGCGAGGGGACCACCUCGUGGAGGGCACAUGGAUGACAGUGGAUAUUCUCUUAAUUUCAACAUGGGUUCUUCCAGAGGACCACUCCCAGUAAAAAGGGGCCCACCUCCACGAAGUGGGGGUCCUCCACCAAAAAGAUCUGCACCUUCUGGACCAGUGCGUAACAGUAGUGGAAUUGGAGGAAGAGGUCCCAUUUCUCGUGGAAGAGACAGCUAUGGAGUUCCUCCACGAAGAGAACCAAUGUCAUCACGCAGAGAUGUAUAUAUAUCACCAAGAGAUGACGGUUAUCGUACUAAAGAGAGUUAUUCCAGCAGAGAUUAUGCAAGUUCUCGGGAUACUAGAGAUUAUGCUCCACCUCCAAGGGACUACACAUAUCGUGACUAUGGUCAUUCUAGUUCACGUGAUGAAUAUACAUCCAGAGGAUAUAGUGACCGUGAUAGCUAUGGUGGAGGUCGUGAUAGAGACUAUUCAGAACAUCCAAGUGGAGGAUCCUACAGAGAUUCUUAUGAGAGUUAUGGAAACUCACGUAGUGCUCCACCUGCUAGAGGACCUCCUCCUUCUUAUGGAGGAAGUAGUCGCUAUGAUGAUUAUAGUAGCUCACGAGAUGGAUAUGGUGGAAGUCGAGAGAGUUACUCAAGCAGCCGAAGUGAUAUCUACUCAAGUGGUCGUGAUCACGUUGGGAGACAAGACAGAGGUCUUCCUCCUUCAAUGGAUAGAGGAUAUCCUGCUCCUCGUGAUUCGUACAGUAGUUCAAGCCGAGGAGCACCAAGAGGUGGUAGCCGUGGAGGAAGUCGAUCUGAAAGAGGAGGAAGAAGCAGAUAUUAAAAGAAAUCUGAGUUUUUUUUUCAA